AUGGUCCGCACACUGUGUGCCAUCGGUGCCCUGUUUCUCCUGAUGGGGUUUCUGCUGCCAGCGGCCGAAGGGAGAAAGCGGAAUCGUGGAUCUCAGGGCGCUAUCCCUCCUCCUGUCAAGGAUCAGCCCAAUGAUUCGGAGCAGAUGCAGACACAGCAGCAGUCAGGCUCCAGGCACCGAGAGCGAGGGAAGGGCACCUCGAUGCCUGCCGAGGAGGUGCUGGAGUCCAGCCAGGAGGCGCUGCACAUCACCGAGCGCAAGUACCUGAAGCGGGACUGGUGCAAAACCCAGCCCCUCAAACAAACUAUCCACGAGGAGGGCUGCAACAGCCGCACCAUCAUCAACAGGUUCUGCUAUGGCCAGUGCAAUUCCUUCUACAUCCCCAGGCACGUCCGUAAAGAAGAAGGCUCCUUCCAGUCUUGUUCCUUCUGCAAGCCCAAGAAAUUCACCACUAUGACUGUUACACUCAAUUGCCCCGAGCUUCAGCCCCCAAGGAAGAAAAAAAGAAUCACCCGAGUUAAGGAGUGCCGGUGUAUAUCUAUUGACUUGGACUAAAUGGAGAAAAAGUAGCAAUUGCACUCUGACUGUAUGCAAUCACCGCCGUUGUGAGAGUGAGUGGCAUGAACUAGCCUACCUUCAAGGCUGGGCAAAACUGAAAGGGACCUAGUGAAUUACCUAAAACAAGCAAAACCCCCCAAAAAGAAAGAAAAAAUUCAUGUAAGGAAAGGGCAUGCAUGUGUGUGUGUGUAAGGGAGAAAAUGGA